AUGCGAAUGAAACCAAUUCCGGUACCAGAGAACCCUCAAAUGCGACCGGAUUUGCUGGACAACCACCCUAAGGAAAUUAUCAUCGUCACAACAGCAGCUUUGGUCGAAGAACUAAAAGCGGUUCUCCAGCAGUUUAUAUCAGAGGAGAAAUCGCAAAAGAUCCAAGUUCUCGACAUCCCCUUACCUAAUAAACGAAACCAGCUCGCUCGCGGCAUUCAAGUAGCCACAGGAGAGAUCCUCGUGCUUGCGGACGACGAUGUUUAUUGGAGCAAGGAUCUCUUGAAACAAGUGCUCGGCGUUCUAGAAUUGGAACCCAAAGUUGGUGGUGUCACCACGUUGAUAGCAGCACACGGCUUGGAUGCUCGAAGCCCUGAAACGAUCACGGUGUGGGAAGCUCUCGAGUCUCGACGUAUGAGCAUGCGCAAUAUCGACAUUGCAGCCUCGAGCUGGCUGGAUGGCAGUCAAACAGUACUGACUGGACGGACUGCAGCUUAUAGAGCUUCUAUCUUGAAAGACCCAGAGUAUCUGUCUGCUUUUACCAAUGAGUACUGGCUCGGGAGAUAUCGCAUGCAUUGUGGCGAUGACCAAUUCGCUACCCGCUGGCUGUUAAAUCACGGCUGGGAAGGCCGUAUCCAGACAGGAGCUACGAUCUACAGCGAGGCUCUCUCCGACAGUCGCCAUAUCAAACAGACCCUACGAUGGGCAAGAAAUGGGAAGAUUUCGACUCAGACCGUUGUCGCCAUGAUGAUCCAAUUAUGGCGUCUCUCGUUCCUGGUGCAUAUUUUCUCCGACCCACGGCUACUAAUUGACAGGCUUUUCCGCCCUAGAAUAUCGUUUUUACUCGGUUUUUAUGUGCCAGUGUUCCUCGAGCAUAUUGCAUACGGAAUGGCUCACAGAUGGUAUUUCAGGCAUCUAGGAGCCCAAAUUGUGAAGGAUUUCUUUCAGCACUAUAUCGUGACUUUCUAUACCACCAUAACUCUUCAUGCUAAUCAAUGGGGUUCCCGGGAUGUUGAAUGA